AGACUACACGACAAUCGACCACCAUGUUUCGCUGCACGCGCUGAUCAAGAAAAUCUGGCUUACGCCCAUCAAGCUGCUGCCGCUGCGAAGCCAUUAAAUCAACAGGCAAAAACCCCGGCCAAGAAAGCUCCCAAGACGCCCUUCCGCCGCAACCAAAACGACGAAAAUGAUGCUUUCAACUCUGGAUUCAAGACUACCAAGACAGUCAAGAAGGCUAACCUGGAUCCCAAUGCCUUCAUCACUCCGGCUGGCCCACGCAACCGCGCCCCGCUGGGCAUGAAAACGACUAACGCCAAGGCAAAAACUCCGGCUCCCUUGACCAUCAAAGCAUCUGCCCAGAAAACUCUCAGUCCUCGAUUGCGCAGACAGAAGGUCAAGAUUCACCAGGCCGAACCGCUUCAGCAGGAGCAAGAUGAUGGUGUCCCAGACAUUGAGUAUAUGGCCCCCAGAUCAACUCACACAAUUCACGAACGCGACUAUUCGAUCCUUUCNCCCGAGUAUGCCACUAUCGGUAUCUGGGGCGCCUUCGGAAAUGCUCCUGACGAGCACGGCGUGCGUCCAUCUGAACGCAAGAAUCGCGAAAUGAUGGCUCGUACCGAUAAGAUCCAGCAAGACAUCAUCCGCCGCGCCCUCGAAGCCGAUGACUUCCUCAGUCUGGACCUCACAAAGGUCCGCAAGGGCUUCGAGGAGAAGGAGCAGCAGUCUAGAGCUCCUUCAAGCCUGUCGGCCCGACGUGCUGUCAGUGCUCUGUCGAGGUCAUCAUCAACCACUGCACUCGGUCCUCGCUUUGCUGCCCCCACAGCAACUGCCACUGCUCGCUCACGUCCGAUUACCGCUACUCGCCCUCUCUCGCGAAAGCCUUCUUCGACCCUGACUGCCCCCACUGCAUCGUCGUCUCGUCAUGCUACUGCCACUACCGCUUCACGCAACACACUCGGCUAUGCUGGAGGCCGCGCCGUCUCUACUGCGUCAAGACGUCCACUCUCUACUCUUCAUGACAAGCCCGCCACCCCAACAGAGAAGAAGACCAGAACUGUGCUGGAGAACCUGAUGGCCGAUGACGCCGAAGUCGAAGAGCUAAUUCGCGAGCGUAACGCCGCCAUGGAAGUUGACGAUGCUCCUGUCGAACCCAUGAACAAUCUUUCGCUCCUUUUCGACGAUGAUGACGAGUACAAAGACUUCCAACUCACCAUACCCGAG